GAACUAUCAAAAAGUUGUUGGCCCCGAUAGGUUCCGAUACAAAUCGCCCCCGAUAUCGAAGAACAAUUGACACCGAUGGUAAUCGUUUGAAAACGCAAAAAGUGCACAAUUCCCGCUGCUUUCCGGUGCAGUUAGUGAAGCCGUUUGCUGAAAACUUGUGGCGCCAACUGCGACGCAAACACGCGAAAAACAGACAAACAGGAGCUAUCAAGACUUGACACAGAAGGACAUGUCCAACGCGGAGAAGAUGCAGGGCCAGGAGCACGAUGACAAGCAGUCCUCCGACAUAGAGGAUUCUGGCGAUAAUGUGGGCCGUGACGAUGGGACCGACGAUGACGACGACAGCAACGGCAACAUGCAGCAGGAGGAUGGGGAUGGCAAUGGCGAUGGCGAAGGCGACAACGAUGGUAACGGCCAGGAGCAUUCUGGCGACGAGGAGCAACACCACGGCCAGGGUAACGAGGGCAACAAUGGCUCCUCAGGACAGCAGCAACAGAUGCAGAUGCAGCAAAUGGACCGCACCAGCGCCACCAAUUUGAUCAUUAAUUAUUUGCCGCAGGACAUGACCGAUCGCGAGCUGUACAACCUAUUUAGCGGCUGCGGGCCCAUCAACACCUGCAAGAUUAUGCGGGACUUCAAGACCGGAUAUAGCUUCGGUUACGGCUUCGUGGACUACAAAACGGAGUCGGACUCAGAGGACGCCAUCCAGAAGCUUAAUGGCUUCUAUGUGCGCAACAAGCGAUUAAAGGUGUCGUAUGCCCGACCCGGUGGGCAGUCCAUCAAGGAUACGAAUUUGUACGUCAUCAACCUAUCGCGGAACAUCAACGACGAUAUGCUCGACCGCAUUUUCUCGCCUUACGGCCUGAUUGUUCAGCGCAACAUCCUGCGGGACAAGCUGACUGGACGACCGCGUGGCGUCGCUUUUGUGCGCUACAAUAAGCGUGAGGAGGCGCAAGAGGCGAUUAAGGCGCUGAACAACACGGUGCCGGAGGGCGGAUCCCAGCCAAUCUGGGUGCGUCUUGCAGAGGAACACGGCAAGGCCAAGGCGGCCCAGUUUAUGGCCCAGAUCGGAGGUGGCAAUGGUGGCGGAGGCGGUGGUCCGCCGCACAUGGGUCCAGGUGGACCGAUGCACGCGCCGCAUCACCACAAUAAUCACCAUCACAACAACCACCAUAAUCCGCAUAUGCCGCCACAUCAUCAUCAGCCACAGCAUCCACACCAACAUCCACAACACCAUCCGCCGCUGCACCACAUGCAGCACCACCAUCCCAACAACCACAACAACAAUCACCCCAACAACCACCACAACAUGGGCGGCCCGCAUCCGCACCACAUGCAGCAAAUGCACCCGAUGGGCAUGAACAUGGGCAUGGGCGUUAACAUGGGUAUGGGCAUGGGCAUGGGCAUGCCCAUCCACGGAGGCGGCGGCGGUGGUGGUGGCGGCAGCGGCGGCGGUGGAGGCGGUGGUGGUGGCUUCCACCACAUGGCGCACAGAGGUAGAUCAAAUAGAACAACACGAUCUCAAAAACCGCAUCCAUAUAACCAUGCACAGAAAUUUAUUUAAACGCCAUUAAUUUCUUUACACGAUAUUAGCUGCAUCUCACAGGUGAAGUGUUC